AUGGGUCUGUUGAGGAUGCUACGUGAACCACCAGGAGGGCAUGAUAUUAAUCUUAUCAUGUUUUGUAUGGUGUCUUUUAUGUUUUUUAACUUGGUACUGGCGGAGGACGAACUAAUGGGACCUGUGUUUGUGAAGGAGCCUCCAAACCGUGUGGACUUUUCUAAUGGAACUGGAGCAGAGGUUGAAUGUCAAGCGAGAGGAAAUCCACAGCCAGAUAUUAUCUGGGUUCGUGCUGACGGUACUGCUGUAGGAGAUGUUCCCGGAUUGCGACAGGUGUUGCCUAAUGGAAACUUGGUAUUUCCACCAUUCCGAGCUGAAGAUUAUCGCCAAGAGGUUCAUGCUCAAGUUUAUAGUUGUCUUGCUACUUCACCUGCUGGAUCGGUUCAUAGCCGAGACGUUAAUGUUCGCGCCGUCGUUUCGCAGUUCUUCGUGACGGAGGCCGAGAACGAGUAUGUUAUCCGGGCAAAUAGUGCAAUAAUGAAAUGUAAAAUCCCAAGUUUCGUAUCUGAAUUUGUCUAUGUGGAUCAGUGGAUAGCUGACGACGGCACUAUUUAUCGACAUGAGGAUCAAGAUUAUGAUGGCAAAUACUUGGUACUGCCUUCUGGUGAAUUGCACAUCCGGGAUGUAGGACCUGAAGAUGGUUACAAGACUUACCAAUGCCGAACCAAACACCGACUUACUGGAGAAACCAGACUGUCUGCCACCAAAGGACGCCUUGUCAUCACCGAACCCGUAUCGAGUACAAAACCGAAACUAACUUCGUUGGAUGUUAAGUCAACUAACCCUAGCAUCUACAUAUAUGCUUCGACAACUCUUUUAUGUCCAGUUCAAGGGUUUCCCGUGCCAGCUUUCAGAACCAGUAUCUAGCACGAAACCAAAGUUUACAAAUGACGACAUCAAGGUUGUGAAACCGACUACAAGAUCUUCCGCGGUGGCGUUGACUUGCCCGGGUCAAGGAUUCCCUGUUCCGAUUACACGAGCCUGUUGGAAGCAAAGCUCCUUCAAUCCAAGGCGAAGAACGGAGCUAUAUGAAGCGACGUGGUGGCACCAACAUCGUGAUACCAUGUCAUGGUCAAGGUUACCCUGUCCCUGCUUUCAGAUCCGGCCGGUCGCGUUUCGCCGAAAUUCCCCAAGUCGGCUAAAACAGAUUCGUUCGAGGUAUUGGGUGGCAUUGAAACGAGUCUUCUAUGUGAUGCCCAAGCAUUUCCCAAACCAGCGUUCAGAACCUGUAGGAACUAAAGCACCCUCCAUUCUUGGAGAAAAAGGCAGUUUGAUGGAAAGGAAAGUCGAUAGCAACAUAGUCAUAUUGCACAAGCUUACCCUGUUCCAACAUUCAGAACCGGUUAACGGCGCAAAGCCACGAGUUGCAUCAACCGCCAAAUACGAUGUCCUUGGAAAGUCCCUCGGGGCGACGGUGACGAUGUUGUGUCAGGCGCAGGGGCACCCUUUACCAAACUUUAGAUGGUACAAGUUCAUCGAAGGUACGACACGCAGACAGCCAGUUCAGCUGAAUGAAAGAGUUCGUCAGGUCAGCGGAACUUUGAUUAUCCGAGAAGCACGUGUUGAGGACUCUGGAAAGUACCUUUGUAUUGUGAACAAUUCAGUUGGAGGCGAAAGCGUUGAGACUGUUCUUACCGUCACUGCACCAUUGGCAGCUGAAAUUGAACCUAGAGUUCAGACUGUCGAUUUUGGAAGACCAGCUACUUUUACUUGCAACGUCCGAGGAAAUCCUAUUAAGACUAUUUCAUGGAUGAAGGAUGGCAAGGCUCUUGGGCAUGAAGAUGCCAUUCUCAGAAUUGAAAGCGUCAAGAAAGAAGAUAAGGGGAUGUAUCAAUGUUUUGUGCGGAAUGAUCAAGAAAUUGAACCACCCCAAAUAAAGCAGGCAUUUCAAGAAGAAACUCUCCAACCAGGACCAAGCAUGUUCCUCAAGUGUGUAGCCAGCGGGAAUCCAACUCCUGAAAUAACUUGGGAACUUGACGGCAAGCGUUUAUCAAACACAGAAAGACUCCAGGUUGGACAGUACGUUAAGGUCAACGGUGAUGUCGUAUCGCAUUUGAAUAUCUCAAGCAUUCACACGAAUGAUGGUGGACUCUACAAGUGUAUUGCAGCUUCAAAGGUCGGAUCAGCGGAGCAUUCAGCACGUCUCAAUGUUUACGGUUUGCCUUUCAUCCGACACAUGGACAAAAAAGCCAUCGUUGCUGGAGAAACUCUUCGAGUAACUUGUCCAGUUGCCGGUUACCCAAUUGAGAGCAUCGUAUGGGAACGAGACACUCGUGUUUUGCCGAUCAACAGGAAACAGAAAGUUUUUCCAAAUGGAACGCUCAUCAUCGAAAAUGUAGAGAGACACAGUGAUCAGGCAACUUACACAUGUGUGGCACGCAAUGCUCAAGGAUACAGCGCAAGAGGAACUCUUGAAGUUCAAGUUAUGGUUCAACCAGGCAUCGCGGCUUUCACUUUUGGUGAUGAACCUGCAAAUUCGGGAGAAACUGUUGCAGCAACUUGUACUGUAAUAAAAGGUGAUCGGCCUAUUGAAAUCGAAUGGGCACUCAAUGGAAAUCCGAUUUCUCAUAAUAAUUUUCCGGAUAUAUCAAUAGUAACUAGCAAAAGUGUCAGUUUUUUAACUAUUGACGGAGUGACAGCAAGACAUGUUGGAGAGUACACUUGUUCUGCAAGCAAUGCAGCUGGAGGAACAAGUUAUUCUGCAUCACUGAUAGUUAAUGGUACGAUAGCGUUUACCGAUAGCCCAGCAAACUCAGGCGAACCCGUGUCUGCAACUUGUGCGGUAUUAAAAGGUGAUUUUCCAAUGAAAAUAUUGUGGCAACACAAUGGUCAACCGAUCGAUAACGAUCAGUCAGAUAUAGUAGUAAAUGCAAUAAGUAGGCAUAUGAGUGUCAUCAGCAUAGAAUCAGCAGUAGCAAGACAUACAGGGGAAUACACUUGCAUAGCAACAAAUGAGGCUGGUACUGCGCGCCAAUCGGCGACUUUGAUAGUCAAUGUCGCACCACAGAUAGGCCCAUUUUCAAUGAGUGAUGGUCCAGCAAACUGGGGUGAUAUGGUAUCAGCCACAUGCUCUAUUGUGAAAGGAGAUUUUCCCGUGGAAAUUAAAUGGCGUCAUAAUGGCAAAGAUAUCGAUUCUAAUAAUCCAGAAACCGUUGUAACAAGAAUCAAUAGACAUAUGAGCGCUAUCAGCAUAGAAUCUGUCGCGGCAAGGCAUGCGGGCGAAUAUAGUUGUGUCGCUACCAAUCGAGCGGGCAACGUCAGUCACUCGACAAUUUUGGCGGUGAACGUACCACCACGUUGGAUUCUUGAACCGACUGACAAGGCAUUUGCCCAAGGCUCCGAUGCUAGAGUUGAAUGUAAAGCUGACGGGUUCCCUAAGCCUCAGGUUACAUGGAAAAGGGCUGCUGGUGACACACCUGGUGAUUACACUGACUUGAAGCUUAACAACCCUGACAUUAGCGUAGAAGAUGGUACUUUGUCUAUCAAUAACAUUCAGAAAACCAAUGAAGGUUACUAUCUUUGCGAGGCUGUCAAUGGAAUUGGUUCAGGAUUGUCUGCAGUUAUUCUUAUUUCUGUCCAAGCACCACCGCACUUUGAAAUCAAACUUCGUAACCAGACUGCUCGUCGUGGUGAACCAGCAGUAUUGCAAUGUGAAGCACAGGGCGAGAAACCAAUCGGAAUUUUGUGGAACAUGAACAACAAGCGAUUGGAUCCGAAGAGUGACUCUCGUUACACAAUUCGUGAAGAGAUUCUGGCUAAUGGUGUUUUGGCGGACUUGAGUAUCAAGAGAACUGAAAGAUCUGAUUCUGCAUUGUUUACUUGUGUUGCUACAAAUGCUUUUGGAAGUGAUGAUACCAGCAUUAAUAUGAUUGUUCAAGAGGUUCCUGAAGUUCCAUACGGACUCAAGGUUCUUGAUAAAUCUGGACGGUCAGUACAACUUUCUUGGGCAGCUCCCUACGACGGAAACAGUCCCAUCAAGCGAUACCUUAUUGAAUACAAAAUGAGCAAAGGAUCUUGGGAAACCGACAUUGACCGGGUUAUCGUACCAGCGACUCAGCAAAAUGUAGCCGGUGUUUUCAAUCUCAGACCUGCAACUACUUAUCAUCUUCGCAUUGUCGCUGAAAAUGAAAUCGGCAAUUCUGAUCCGUCUGAUACAGUCACGAUUAUCACUGCUGAAGAAGCUCCAUCUGGUCCACCAAGUUCUGUACGAGUUGAUGCUCUUGACCAACACACACUUAAGGUUACAUGGAAACCACCACCCCGAGAGGAUUGGAACGGUGAAAUCCUUGGUUACUACGUCGGUUACCGCCUAUCUUCUUCUGAGAAGCCUUACAUGUUCGAAACAGUCGAGUUCUCAAAGGAAGACAACAAAGAACAUCAUUUGCAGAUAGUGAACCUCAAAACUUACACUCAGUACAGUGUUGUUGUUCAGGCAUUUAACAAAGUUGGUUCCGGACCGAUGAGUGAAGAACGUCGACAACAUACCGCUGAAGGAGUACCCGAACAACCACCCCAUGACACUACUUGCACCACGCUAACCUCUCAAACUAUCCGAGUUUCUUGGGUAUCGCCACCUCUUACUGCUGCAAAUGGUGUUAUCACUGGUUACAAAGUAAUAUAUGGCCCAUCUGAAACAUGGUACGAUGAGAACACAAAGGACACAAAAAUUACAUCAUCAAGCGAAACAAUUUUACACGGACUUAAAAAAUACACCAACUACAGCAUGCAAGUCCUUGCAUUUACUUCUGGAGGUGAUGGAGUUAAGUCGGCACCAAUUCACUGUCAAACGGAACAAGACGCACCUGAAGCGCCAAUUGCUAUCAAAGCGCUAGUUAUGUCCGGCGAAUCUAUUCUUGUAUCAUGGCGCCCACCGAUUCAGCCCAACGGAGUUAUUUCUCAGUACACGGUUUACACUAAAGCCGAUAAUGUUGAAGAACCUGUUAGUCACAAGGUACUUCCAAGUCAACUGACUUAUGAAGCUAAAGGAUUGGAUACACAGCAUCGGUAUGACUUCUGGGUAACUGCUAGUACCAAUAUCGGUGAAGGAGAGGCGUCGAAAAUUGUUUCGCUGACACCAAAUGAUAGAGUUCCGGCAAAGAUUGCAUCGUUCGACGAUAAAUUUACCGCGACUUACAAAGAGGAUGUUAAAUUACCGUGUCUCGCUGUUGGUGUUCCGGCUCCAGAAGUUGUUUGGAAAGUUCGCGAUGCAAAACUUCAGACGAGCGAUAGACUUCGACAAUUGCCGGAAGGAUCUCUAUUUAUUAAGGAAGUUGAUCGUGCUGAUGCCGGAGAGUAUUCUUGUUAUGUUGAAAAUUCAUUUGGUCAUGAUACUGUCACUCAUCAAUUGAUCGUUCACGCACCACCGCAUUCGCCGCAAGUUACUCUCACUGCUACAACUACAAACUCACUGACAAUGAAACUCCGGCCACAUUCAACGGACAAUGCACCAAUUCACGGAUACACUAUUCACUACAAACCCGAAUUUGGAGAUUGGGAAACAGUGCAAAUAAGCUCAACUGCCCAAAAAUACACACUCGAGAAUUUAUGGUGCGGAUCACGCUACCAAAUUUAUGUAACUGCUUACAAUGGUAUUGGAACCGGUAACCCAUCAGAUAUUCUCAACACUCGCACCAAAGGAUCCAAACCAAUAAUUCCUGAAGCAUCACGAUUCAUCGAAGUAUCAACCAACAGCAUAACUCUUCACUUGAACGCUUGGUCUGAUGGCGGAUGUCCCAUGCUUUAUUUCGUAGUCGAACACAAGAAGAAGCAACAGCAAGAAUGGAAUCAAGUAUCAAAUAAUGUGAAACCUGGCAGCAAUUUCGUUGUUCUUGAUCUCGACCCAGCAAACUGGUAUCACCUGCGUGUGACAGCUCACAACAAUGCUGGAUUCGCAGUAGCUGAGUAUGAAUUUGCAACAUUGACAGUAACAGGGGGCACCAUUGCACCCGCUCGCGAGCUUCCAGAUGUUAACGGUGGCAGCAACGACGAGGAUCCAAUGAAAUCAUUUAUGACCAAUUUAAAUUUGGUUGUCCCAGUGGUCGCUGCCCUUCUUGUGAUAAUCGUUGCCGUCAUCGUAAUUUGUGUGCUCAAAGGCAAAGGCCAUGGUUCCAGUGACAAAGGUACUAUUGCACCGCCUGUCAGGAACAAUGUAGCCCCUGAAACUACCGACGUAAGACAACUCUUCCCGUGGAUACCGUCUUGGAUGAAUAUCAAUGUUGUAGUACCGGCUAUUGCUACCGUAGUUGUUGUCAUCGUUGGUAUUAUCGUUAUUUGUGUGGCCGUAUCAAGAAGAACUCGAGGUCCCGAACAAACUCGGCUUCGAGGAAUUCCUUCCGCCGAUGAAAAAUACUAUGAAGGCCAAUAUGACGUCGUUUAUCAACAGACUGGUGUAGUAGGUGCAACGUUAGACAAACGUCGACCAGAUCUCCGUGAUGAGCUAGGAUAUAUCGCUCCUCCAAACCGUAAACUACCACCGGUACCUGGUUCUAACUACAACACCUGUGAUCGUAUCAAGCGAGGUACAGUGAUAAGUCCAACAGGUUCAUUUAGAAGUCACUCGACGUGGGACCCACGAAGACACAUGUACGAAGAAUUAUCACACUGUGCACCUAACCGAAGGUGUCCACCGCCACCACCUCGUAUAGGCAGUACUGACGCUCUAUCCCACAGAGGUAUGGAAGAUGAAAUUUGUCCGUACGCAACAUUCCAUUUGCUCGGAUUCCGUGAGGAAAUGGAUCCCUCUAAAGCAAUGCAAUUCCAAACAUUCCCACACCCUGCCAAUGGACAUUCUGGCACUAUGGGACCACCAGCUGGACAUCCUACCAAUGCUUCUGCACACAGCCGAUCUGGGUCACAAUCAAUGCCACGACAAAACGGACGUUACUCUCGAGUACCUUCUCAGGGAGGACAGACUGUAUUUUCACCGGAAUAUGAUGAUCCAGCCAACUGCGCGCCCGAAGAAGAUCAAUAUGGGUCACAAUACGGACAAUACGGAGCUCCAUACGAUCAUUAUGGGUCUCGUGGUUCCGUUGGACGUCGUAGUGUUGGUUCAGCUCGCAAUCUCCCUAUGUCUAACUCUCCCGAACCUCCACCACCACCACCACGAAACCACGACCCAAAUAACUCCAGUUUCAAUGACAGCAAAGAGAGUAAUGAAAUUAGUGAAGCGGAAUGCGAUCGUGAUCAACUCCAAAUGAAUCGUAACUACGGUGAAACGAAGUCCCCAGCCGGCAAGCAACCACCACAAACGGGAGUCACGGGGGACUCCUCACACCCUACGAUACUGUGGCAGUGUAAUCUGUAA